UCUCUAAGCUUCUACUUUCCUAGGAAUUCCUAAGCAUUCGGCAAUCUCCCAUAACUCAUACCUUAGUAAACCCAAAUUAGUUAAGAUGGGAAGCUUCACUUUACGAACCGUGCUGUCGAUCAUGGCAGUUGCUGCGGCAGGACUCGCGUUCCCUGCCACUCAGGCCCCAGCUCCUACUCCCGCGGCAGCUCCCUGCACAACGGGCGCUCCCGUCGUGACGGCCGGGUACACUAUCAACUACGCCCCAGCCGUGCCGACAGUGGCGUUCCAGAACGGAUACCAGCCCGAGGAGGCGUGGUCCAGGAGCCACGUCAUCGGCACUUACACCUUUGGUGUCCCCGAGCCGGUCGAGUCCGGCUUCGCUUAUGCCCAGUUCAAGUGCCAGUACUACUGCAAUAAUGCCGGGAGCGUCGGCUCUGGCAGCUUCUUCGUCAACUACGCUGGCGAGGGGAGCAAUAUUGGCUCGUAUUGCACUUGUUUCGAUGAGCUGCUGCAACCCGAGGGUUUCGUCGCGAACGAUGAGGCUAUGGUUGGUGGUUGGAACCAUAUCUGCGCCGAGUAAGGCAGUUAGUUAAUUAGAGCAGGAGAGGCGUGGUUACCUCGGGGAUCGAGAGGGUUAGGUACCUAGGUACGCAGGCAAUUGCAGAUUAAUUAUGAAUUACGGUGUUUUAUUUGUAAAAGUUGACGCAGUCGUAAUU